AUGCAUCCAGUUGCCGAUAUCAGAAAGAAGCUCGUCAUCGUUGGUGACGGUGCCUGUGGUAAGACAUGUUUGUUGAUUGUCUUCUCCAAGGGUGCUUUCCCAGAGGUGUACGUUCCAACUGUCUUUGAGAACUACGUUGCCGACGUUGAGGUCGACAGCAGAAGAGUCGAGUUGGCCCUCUGGGAUACCGCCGGUCAGGAAGAUUACGACAGAUUGAGACCUCUGUCAUACCCUGACUCCAACGUCAUUCUUAUCUGUUUCGCCAUCAACUCUCCUGACACGUUGGACAACGUCCAAGAGAAGUGGAUUUCUGAAGUCUUGCAUUUCUGCCAAGGUGUUCCAAUCAUCCUUGUUGGCUGCAAGUUGGAUCUUAGGGAUGACCCAAAGACUAUUGAGCAUCUCUCCAGCAUCAAUCAGUCUCCAGUCUCAUCUGCCCAGGGCCAAGCCGUUGCAGAGAAGAUUGGCGCCAUCAGUUAUUUGGAGUGUUCUGCUAGACAGAACAGAGGUGUUAGAGAAGUUUUCGAGAAUGCCACCAGGGCCUCGUUGAUGACCAAGGAAAAGAGAGAGCGUAAGAAGAAGUGUUUGAUCCUCUAA